UGACUUCCGUGAACGUCGCGUUGCAUUGUGGAAGACCGGAUGCUGUGGCAGAGACGUUGGUGUUGUCACGUCCGGUAUUUUAUUUCGCCCACAAAGAUGGAGACGAACAGAUGUCGCUGAGAAACUGGUGCCUUUAAAAGAGACUAUGAUGGAGAAAACAUGGAAGUCAUGGAACUAUGUCAGGAAAUGGCUGAUUGUCUUGAUAUCAUGGUCCUGGAGUCUGUGCCGGAUUUCUCUACUAGCUCUGAUUUUAACCUUCCACUUGUAUGGAGGCAUCUUCUUGCUUUUUUUGAUCCUUGCAUCAGUAGCAGGUAUAUUGUACAAAUUCCAAGAUGUACUCCUCUACUUCCCAGAGCAACCACCUUCGUCACGUUUGUAUGUUCCUGUACCUACUGGAAUCCCACAUGAAAAUCUUUUUGUUAAAACCAAAGAUGGAAUCCGACUUAAUUUGAUUCUGUUGAGAUACACUGGAGAUAAUGCUUCAUAUUCACCAACCAUAAUCUAUUUUCAUGGCAAUGCUGGUAAUAUUGGUCACAGGAUACAAAAUGCGCUGUUGAUGAUGGUCAAUCUAAAAGUUAAUGUACUACUUGUAGAUUAUAGAGGUUACGGAAGGAGUGAGGGGGAACCGAGUGAAAAAGGCCUUUACUUGGAUUCAGAAGCUGUGUUGGAUUAUGUUAUGACCAGACCUGAUCUUGAUAAAACCAAAAUAAUCUUAUUUGGUCGCUCUUUGGGUGGUGCAGUUGCUAUUCACUUGGCCUCAGAGAAUCCACAUAGGAUUUUUGCAAUAAUUAUUGAGAACACCUUCCUCAGUAUCCCACAUAUGGCCAGCACUUUGUUCUCCUUCUUUCCCAUGAGGUAUCUUCCACUUUGGUGCUACAGGAACAAAUUUUUGUCCUACAACAAGAUUGCCCAGUGCAGGAUGCCAUCCCUUUUGAUUUCUGGAUUGUCAGACCAGCUAAUUCCACCAGUCAUGAUGAAACAACUCUGUGAGCUGUCUGCAUCACGGACUAAGAGACUAGUCAUUUUUCCGGAUGGAACUCAUAAUGAUACCUGGCAGUGCCAGGGCUAUUUUGCUGCUCUUGAACAAUUCAUCAAAGAGUUAUUAAAAAAUAAUUCACAUGAAGAAGUAAAAACCACAUCUAAUGUAACAAUAAUAUAAUUUUUUCUGUAUAUAGUGUAAAUUUUACAUGUGUAUGUACAGAAAAGGUGAAGGUUAACUUGGAAGUCAUUAUUGGAUAUUUUAUCACUAGUGGUAGAAUAUUUUUACCUGUUUCAGUGCAUGAGAGAAGUAUACAGAGUUUGUUGAUCUGAUCAGCUACGUUGUUCAAUACUGUAAUAUAAGGUUUCCUUUAGUGAGCACCAUAUGAACUAAGCAUCAUCUUAUUUAUUCCCCUUUUGCGUUAAAAUGAUUUAAUUUUGUCAGCAAUUUUGUACCUUUUGCAAUUGACAGAAUUGUCUAUGCACCAAAUGCAUAGUUAUCUUUUUUCAGAAGUGACAAGUGCUCCAUGUGCAAUUAAGUUGAGACUAGUUUAUCCUAAUCUUAAUUGUUCAUAAAUAAAAAUGUGUGAUUGGAUUAUUAUGAAUUUGAGAUUUUAUUUCCUUAACUCUUUUGUUGCCCCUUGAGCAUGAAUGUUUCAGCUCCAUCACCUGUGUUGUAACUAAAUGUAUUCAAUAGAUGACAGUAGAAAAAGUAAACUUCUUUUGAAAUUUUGAUGUGGAUUCUUGUGGAACCAAUCCACCCAUUCAAUUUAAAAAGCAUGAGAAGUGAAAUGUAGUUUGUUGCAAUUCUAUAAUUUUAGCAUUGAUCCAGUUUCUUGUACAACUGUUGAGUCCUAUUGACUCUAGUAGCUCUUAAUUGUAUUUUAUUUGUAUUGUUUUUAAGCAAUGUUUUUGUUCCAACACUUUUCUGUAUUUCUCUACCUCCAGAAAUUUGUUGUUUCGAGUUUACUUUGUAAGUCCUAAUGUGGCAAAAAUGCGUUUCAUUACAUACAAUCAAAGUAUGAAACAUUAAACACAAAAUGUUUUUAUACUUAAACAGAGCUGGAAUAAAACAUUCAACCCAGCUUAAUGUAUUAAAUUCAGAAACACAGAAGCUGAAAUCUGCUAUUCCAUGUAAGAUUCCUUAGUGACAUAGUGAAGUGUUCUAAUUACAUCACAUUUAGGAAUCCCAAAAAAAAACACUGCCUUCUAAUGUGAAGAGCCAGUUGCUAUAAAAAUAUUAAGAAUUUGUCUUAGUUGAUGUUCUUCAUAUUAUCAAGGAAGUAAUUUGAAUCUUUGGUGUUCUAACCUUGAAAAUUACUUCAGUUCAAAGGAUUAAGCCAAAGAGUUACACAGCAGUAACAAAAGUCAGUGAGUUUAUGUGCUUUUGGAGCUGCCUUGAAAUUACUGCUCAUCUUGGUAUGUAUGAAUUAAAAAAAAAUCUUUCUUUGGUCUGACAAUAUUCACCUUUAACCUUUAAUUGGUCUAAAGAUUGAUAUUGUAGUUAUUGUAUAGAAGUGAUGAAAGACAACUUUGCUUAUAUGCAAAGAAUAGUUUAAUUGAAAAUGAGUUUGCACCAUGUAUGCUAAUACAUGUAGUUUUUCACUAUGCAUUCUACCAGGAGUAUUGCUAAAUUUAAAUGUAAUUUCUUUUAUGAAAUACAAAAUGCAAAUUGUUUUUGAAAAGUUUGGAAUUUUCUGUAAUUCUGCACAAUAAUAUUUUGUCUAAUUUUUUUUUGCCUCAGCUGACUCUUGUAUCUGUUCCAGAAGGUCUUUACAUUCUUGUUUACAACCUUAUCCAGAAGAUUUGAUUGAAGCUCCAAUUCCCAAAUUUGCAACGUGCUUAGCGUGCUGUUGGCCAUGCCAAUCACAGGAAUGGUACAUGAAAUGAAAACUGAUUCUUUCUGAAGUUUAGCAAACCAUGGUUUACAUAUCUAACUCUUGGAGCAGCGAGACUGCAAGUGUUCAGCUUUUCUGAUUUCCUGUAUAAUAAAAUAAAGUUUAU